AUGGCUCCCACACUCCUUUCCAUCACGACCUUACUGUCGUUAUCUGUUAUCCAUGCCGUUGCAUCUAGUGUCUGGACACUAAACUGUGCACCGCUCCUCCAAGCCCGUCUGGACCCGAUCAAGCAACCCGGCGUCUGGCCUUCCUCCCACGUCCACGCCGUCGUAGGCUCCACGGCAUUCGCGCAACAUAUGAUUGGAGUAUCCAGCGGGAAAGCCACAACCUGCGACAAAGCCACCGACCACAGCAACUACUGGUCCCCUACCCUCUACCACAUGCGCAGCGACGGCCAAUACGACCUCCUCCCCUUCACAGGAAUGGUAGCCUACUACCAAAACUACACCUGUUCCCACUCCUCCAUGAACCCCGGCUACUGCCCCUCCACGCCCCGCGAUGCCCAAGCCUUCCCUCCCGGCCUCCGAAUGCUAGCCGGCGACUCCGACCGCCGCACCCUGAACAAAACCGACCAAUGGCAACAAGCCAUCCUGCUCGAAUCCGGCAACAACGGCGAAGUCUACGGUAUGCCCCCCCGACUCGACGGCUCCCGCAUCUCCGGCCACGUUCGCUUCCCCAGCUGCUGGGACGGGAAAAAUCUCGACUCCCCCGAUCAUAAAUCCCACAUGGCGUACCCGGACCCCGUCCUCCAUGGCGACACCCAAGGUGGGAUGUGUCCCCUUUCCCACCCCGUCGCGCUCCUCAACAUCGGGGCCGAAUUCGGCUGGUCUCUAAAUGGGAUCACGGAUCCGGGAUCCCUUGUUUUCGCAAACGGGGAUACGACGGGCUAUGGCUUCCACGCGGACUUCUUCAUGGGGUGGGAAAACCCGACGGCGUUACAGGAUAGUUUUGCGAAUUGCAUGACGAAUGAUAACUGUCCUUGGAGGAAAUUCGGGUCGCCGACAGGCAUGGAUCCGAAUCCCAUAAGCCAAACUCCGGAUGUGCUGCCGCCGUUGGAGAAUAUUGGGCUCAGUGGGCCGGUUGGGAAGUUGCCGGGGAAUAAUGCUGUGUUUAAGGGGCAUUCGAAGCGGUAUGCGCGGGGCGUGUAA